AUGGAACGUCCAGACACCACUCCCGAAGGUGGACAUCCCUCCAGAGGCCACCCAGUGAGACGUGGAGGACAAGCCCAGAGGCAGAAAGAGGGAGGCAGCAAGGGUGCCCUGCAGGUGAGGAUCCAGGAAAGAGAAGCUCCGGGAGCGGAGAUGGGGACGAGAGUUGGAGCCGCGGUGGCUGUGGGGCUGUGGGUCUCGGUGACAAUGGGCGUGGCAUCGGACCUGGGCGUGCGUGAGCCCCAACGCUGUCUCCUGUUCCAGGAUUCUGACCAGAAGAGCUUCCUGCCGCUCACACCAUCCUCACAAACUCAGCCCAAGUCAGAGAGUUCCCGGGAAAGACUCGGGGGGAGCAGGGAUGGGCAAGGGGAGCACGGGGUGCAGCUCAGCCUCACUCCUGCCCCGGAGUGCUCCCUGGGUGGGUCCACGGUCGGGCCUCAAGUCCAGGAGGACGAGAUGCGGCAGCGCUCAGGGGGCCCAGCCUCAUCCGACCCUUGUCCCCAGGAGGAAGAGACACUGAGCUGGAGACCACGCAACUGCUCUUUUCGCCCGUGGAAGGAGCUGCCCAAGCCCGGGUCGUGCGCGCGCCUCCGCCUGGUGGCGCGCGAUCUCGCGGACGCCCAGUUGGUGUUGAGCAGCCAGCGGAACUCGGAGCUGCUCCCCGGGACUGGGCCGACUCUGCAACUGCUGGCAGCCGCGAGGCGCGACGUGGGGACCUGUCUAGAGCUGUUUCGGCCUGGCUCCUCAAGGAAGUCCCUUGGACCACCAAGGAGGCGCCACAAAGCACGGAGAGAUGAAUCGCCUCGGUGCCGAGAAGCCGCCGUCAUCCUGACUCUUCUGCGCCUGCUCCUGCGGGAUCUCAGACUGGUGGCGCAUUCGGAGCCUUGCGUCUGA